GCUCAAACUGUUUGGAUUAAGACUCGAGCUAUAUUACUGACAGAGAAUCACAUGCCAAAGGGCAAAAUCCAGUUCUCCCACACUCCACGUGACCAUCCCGAGCCCUAGACAGACCCCCGCAAUGUCGAGAUCUCUUCCUUGGGCACGGCUCCGUAGAAGGUCUCAGCGUACCGAGGCAUCUGACGACAGCAGCUAAAAUGAUCGUUUAGUAGCUUCAACCAUGAGCUCAAAUAUUGCUCUUCCCCACGGUGAUCCGAACUUUGCCUUGACCAUUCUCUCAAGGACUCCCGUUUCUGUGUGUUUCGAGCUUCUUAGUACACAGUAUCUUUUCACGAAAUUCGAGAAAAUUGGUUACCAAGAUUGGCAAUGGCACUGAUUACCUCACAGCCUUUCAAGGGCAUCUACGUCCUCCUUGCUCUAGCAUUCGAAUUGUCUCGUUUCCCCCUCUUCGUUGUAUCAUACCUCAUUCCAAACCUCCGCCCGAACGCAAAAUGGACCUUCCGGCAAGCAAUCGGCAUCAAGAUUGUCCGUCUGUUCCUCUAUCACGCAGGCGCCGUCGAGAUGAACGUGCCCCUCCCACUCGCUCCGGGCGCUGAGGGCAAGCAAUUCUUAACCGUCGAGCCCGCAAGUGAAAAGUACUACACCGGUCCCCUGCGCGUUGGAAAUGUGUCGCCCAUCAAGAUCGGCGGUACCUGGUACCCGCACGCCCCGACCAAAGCUGAGCUCAAGGGUAAAGACGUCGGUCUACACUUCCAUGGCGGCGCCUUCGUGAUUGGUGAUGGCCGCAAGAGAGACGCAGGCUUUGCAGGCGCGACGCUCAACAAGCAUGCCAAGUUGCCAUUUGUGUUUGCUCCGCAGUACAGACUGUCUGGCGCGCCGACGAAUGGCAAAUUCCCGGCUGCGUUCCAGGACGCCGUCACGACGUAUCUGUACCCGCUUCACGACUUGGAGGUUCCGGCGAGCCGCAUCAUCAUCUCGGGAGAUUCGGCGGGUGGGAAUCUGUGCUUGGCGCUGUUGAGAUAUAUUGCACAGUUUGGAAAGGAGGUUGACAUUCCGGCGCCGGGUGCCAGUUUGUUGUUUUCGCCCUGGGUCGAGCCUCAUGGCUCUUAUGAUCAAGCUCGCACCCGGAUGGCGCCAAACUAUGCGACUGAUUAUAUCCACUCCUCCUUCGGUGCCUGGGGCAUUUCGAAAUACAUCCCUGACUCCAUGAAGUCGCCAAGCGCGAAGUUCGCCGAGUAUAUCUCGCCUCUCGGCAACCCGUUCAAAAGCACUGUUCCGAUCUGGAUCACGGUCGGUGGCAGCGAGGUACUUCUCGGUGACGACACGCAACUAUACGAGGAACUAAAGAAGGAGGGUAAUGAGGUAGCGUUGGACAUCCAGGAGAAUGCACCACAUGACUAUAUAUUGGUCGGGCCAAUUGUCGGCUUUGAGUUUGCGGCAAGGAAGAGUAGUCAGGCGGCGAGGAGCUUCAUCAAUAAGAAACGGAAGUUGUAAGGAUCACACCUGUUGGAGCUCGGAUGGAGAUGGUGCUAAGGUCGUACAGGGGCGAAGAAAAGCUUAACAGUGUACCGAAAUUGUAGAGAACUUGGAUAAGAUAGGAUGAAGAAUGUAGCAUAUGAGAUCAUCAGAAUAGAAAGUAGUGCGAUUUUGUUAUUCGACACAGAUGUUUGUAUAUUGCUUG